AUGCUCUAUAAUAAUCUAAAAAAUAUCAGUGGUUCUAUAGAAAAUAUAACUGAGAAUAUUGAUACCGUUGCUUCUGACCCAGAAUUGGAGUUAACAGAUAUCAAAAAUGGCUGCAAUGAUAUUUGCACCCGCUCAAUAAAUCUACUUGAUUUACCAAAAGAAAUUAUAGAGAAUAUUAUUUUCUUUUUACACUUAGAAAGUGGUUCCUGUCAUGAUGUUUUAUCUUUGUUGUAUACUACCAAAAUAUUGUAUUAUCCAUUUCAUUAUCUUGUUUACAAGUUCAAUAAUCCAUUACUUAUAACCGGUGAUCAAACUAUUCAUGGAGUAGUGGCAGUAAAAGGUGAAAGUGAUUUACUGAUAUUAGUAAACAAAUACUCCAAUGAGUGUUCAAAAAUAAGAGACAUCGAAAUUCAUGAUUUUAUUAAGAGAAGUAAUAGAAUGACAUUGUAUACACUGCUGAGAUGUGGUUUGAGCUCUUAUGACAAGUUAAUAUUGAGAUCAUUAAAGCUAUUCAAAUAUUUAAAUUCAAUUAGUUUGGUUUUAUCAGACGCUUAUGGAUUAAGGUUAUUGAAUUAUUUUCAGACUUGUUCUUCUUCUUGUAUUCAACACUUGAAUGUUGUCGUUAAAGGCUACAAGUGGUAUAAUUUCAAUAGAGCUAGCUACGUUAGAGGAUUAAUCAAAAAACUUAAAGACACCAAAAAUGACAAUGAUACAACUACUGGAUUUACCCACUUGAAAUCAAUAUCAAUUAAAUCUGCUAGUGUUCCCAUAAAAUCAUCUACCAUUCAUACAUCGUUCUUAAUUUUUGGGAGAUUCGAACAAUCAGAGAAUCUAUUUGAAGAUUACUUCAGAUCUCCUGCAGUUCAAAGUUUUGAAAAAUAUAAUGAUAAAUUGUUUAAAUCAGGAUUAUUUUCAUUAGGGGAAUUAAUAUAUUAUAUUGUCAAUGCAAAUCGUCAAACUUUAGAAUGCUUGGAGUUUAUUGAGGUUGAUUUGUUCUUAGUAUUCCCCACUUCAUGCCCUUCAUCUUCAAUAUCUUCUUCCCUUGAUUUUUCCUUCCCUAAAUUUAAACUCCUUAUUGUAGACGAUGCUUCAUACCUCAAACUAACAAUAAAUCUAUUUAAAUUUCAUCUGAAUUGUGAAAUAACAAUUUUGAAUGAAAGUUCAUUCACAGGCUCCAUGAUGGUAAUUAAAAUAAAACCUGCUACUUCUACUAAUUCUAAAAGGAAGGUCACUGCGACAAAGGUAUCUGGAGGAAUCGAAUCUUAUAAAAAGAAGAUCCUUAGCAAGAAUAAUUAG